AUGAGCUUCUUACCGGCAGCAUCGCGGCUGGGGUAUGGCUCGUCAAGCAGCAGCACUGCCGCAGCCAUCAUCUCAUUAGGUGCGACCCAUUGGACUCAGCCCGGCCACGUUAUAGAGUGCUUACCCCGGCUUCCAUAUUUGGCCGGCCUGCAUAUGGGCCUGCAUCUUAACGCUAGUCUCUUAGCUUGGGUAUAUACGCAACGAGCAAGGUUAUCUUGCCACACGCACAGCCUGUCCACACCAAUUCAGUAUAUGUCUGGGCAGUAUGAGUCUACCUCCAACUCAUAUUAUAGUGCUCCAUCUUUCAUGUCCACCUCUCCAACAACAGGCCUAAGACAACUCAACCUCCACGGCAUGGCUCCCACCACAAGAGCACAGGCUAUGUGUCGCCUUGCCGAAGCUGGGGCAUUGGCAGGUGAGUACUCUGAUACUAGCGAUUCGGACAGUGACUUUGAGGGCGAAGAUACAGGUCAGAUAGUUCGCUCCCCCUUCACCGGUCUGCUCUACGACAUCAGCCGGCUGCCAACUCAAGACUCGAGCCAGGGCACCAGCCACAGCCUCGCAGUGCCUGACCAAUUGGGUCACGACCGGGAUGCACAAGGGCAUAUCAGGGAGCUCUUCAGCGAGUUGCGCUGGCACGAGACACCGCCAGUCAGCCUCCACUUUACAGGAGUUGAUGGAGGUCAUCAGUUUUAUGCCUUCCAGCUCAGAGAAUUCACUCCGCUAUCCAUCCGGAUCGGCACUCCAGACAGCAAGUGGCCUGGCCCGCAGUGUACCUGCAAAAACCGCAAGCCUUGCCACCAUCUCCUAUGGCUAUGUGACCCCAUCGCAAAGCUCACCCUUUAUGGGCAUGACCAGGCAGAGCCUCUCAAGGUUGAGGCCGAUGGUUCCAUCCCUGCGCUUGGGGAUCUCUUCCAGAGGAUUGCCGAUUACCGUCUCAACCUGCUGACCGACGACUUACACUCGGCCGUCGGGAGUUCCGAGGCAUACCGGGCCCCGCCUUGGGUUAGGGUAGACGAAGUUAACCAGAUACUGUCGGCUUUUGACGAGACAGACGAUGAGGAGCAAAGCAAUAGCAGCAAGGACACAUGGACGCAUCGCAAAGUCCGAACAUCGCGCGCCCACGGCGAAAAGCGCAACCUGCGCGAAACAGUGCGGGCGCUUCUAGAGCGCAACAAUGAAGUCUUCUCCAUCUUCCUCAACCUGCUCUCGCCGCGCGAUCGGGCACGCAACCCCUACGUGCGCCUGCAGACCCGCGUCGACCGCAUCUUGUACGAGUUGGAUCGCUACGCUGAGUCGCUGUCAGAUCGGGACGCGGCCAGGCAGCGCGUGGCGAUGGGCGCCGAUCUCGAGGGGACCUGCGACGUCGCAUGGGCGGCCAGGCACGUUCUGGGUGCGGUGGGGCAGGUCAAGGGCGAGCUGCUUCGGGGCACGGGAGCCCAGGAGUGGGAGAGGGGCGACGCGGCGCGGGCGCUGGUCUAUAUACUCCGCAAGGUUGUGUUUGAACACGACGAGGACAAGCACGGCGGCGCCGCUGCCGAGGAUAGGAAUCUAUACGUCAAGUUGGUCGGCGGGCGGGCAGCUUCUGGUUUUGUGGUGGACGUGUUGGAAUUGAUUCCGGAUCAGACGCAAUACAUUGACGAGCUGGAAGAUGUCAAGAGGGAGAUCAGAGCGAAACGGCGAGUGAACAAGACAUGGUUUGGCAAACUGGAGCAGGUCAUCAGGCUGAUGAGGAAGAGCGUCGUGCGGGAGGAUGACAAGGAAACAGGCAGGGCCGUCGGCGGUGGUGGCCACCCUCCCCUGUCGAAAUCUGGCACCGGCGUGGGAUCCAGCGCAAGAUCCAGCCUGAGUGCGGGCUCCAAGCGGCGGUGGGAGGACGACUGA